AUGACCUCUGCCUGCGUGGUCGGGACAGUCGCGAUUCCCUGGCUCAUGUCCCGAUAUCGACCCACAGUUGUUAAUGGUGGUGUGUGGAGUGCCGGGGUUGGGGGUUCCCUCCCCCGCUCCUCUGAUUCCGUCGCCACGGCCUCUUCUCUCGGGACUCUUUUUUUAGGGACAUGCUUUUCGUGUCAGCGGCUGUGCGGCGUGUGCACCGCGACCCCGACCCCACGGAACCCACGGGCUAACCACACCCACCGCAGCGCGCUUCACUCCGCCCAGGGCAGCGGCGGCGUUAACAGCGGCGGGAAUGGAGGUGGUAACCACGGCAACGGCAGCAGCAGCGCCGCAGCGCCACCUGCAGGCUCGCUGGUGGAACUGCAGCGCUCCACCGGCCAGAACAGCAACCGGACUUACCGGUCAUAUCUCCCGGCCGGCGUUCGGACCUACAGCUGCGUGCAUUGCCGGGCGCACUUAGCAGACCAUCAGCACCUCAUUUCAAAGUCUUUCCAAGGAAGUCAAGGCUGUGUGCGGGGCAGAGCGUACCUGUUUGAAUCAGUGGUGAAUGUGGGGUGUGGCCCGGCAGAGGAGAGGGUGCUAUUGACAGGUCUCCAUGCCGUCGCUGACAUCUACUGUGUGAACUGCAAGACAACGCUGGGCUGGAAAUACGAGCAUGCUUUUGAAAUGACCCAGAAAUACAAGGAAGGGAAAUACAUCAUCGAGCUUGCACACAUGCUGAAGGAGAACUACUGGGACUGAGAGGCUGAGACAUCAACAACGUCACACAGGACUGCUGUCUGUCUGUCUGUCUGUCUGUCUGUCUGU